GCCGCCCGCGCCCCUCGGCUCUGCAGAACUCAAUGUUGAUUGGCUGCGUUGUCGAGGGGGGAGGCUGAGGGAUGAGCACCGAGGCGCCACCAUCUCUCUGUGGCCCGGCUCACACGCACUCGCUCGGGUGUUUCCGUCCCCCCCCGCUCGGGUGUUUCCGGCCGCCCCUCUCCGGCCACGUUCGGGUGUUUCCGCCCGCCCGCCGAGCCGUGCCCAUGUCGGCCGCGCUCUCCGCCGCCGCCGGCUCCCGCUCCGAGACCCCGUGCGGCGACACCGCGCCCCGGGGGCCCGCAGAAAAUGAGGACUCAACCCAAAAGACAGAGCCUGCAGGUCACCUAGUUGAUUCUUUGGAGUCCAAUGCUUCGCAAAGCAGGUCACAGGCUGGGGCACACCUGAGCGUGGGCACAAGAGAACGUUCGGAAGAAGAAAUUGGCACUCUGGGGGACCAGAAAGUGGCUGAACUAGAAGAGAAGCUGCCUGACCAAAUCCCAUCUCUCAGAAAGGAAGCUGUUCGAUUAACCAACUAUCAUGUACCUCAGGGAGUAGGGGAUAUAGUCAUGAUUCAGUCAGAUCACACUGGUGCUGUGGAUAUCCUUUCAGCUGAGCUGGAGACUGCAGACCUCCUUGGGGAACAGAGAAAAACUCAGCCUCCCCCUCUGGCUGCACCCACCAUGUGGACCACUGAGAAGAUGAAGGAAUUCAAAGCUAAGAUGGGAAAGGAGAGGAAUGGCCGGAUGGUGGUGAAACGAGGCGAGGUGGUGACAGUCCGUGUGCCAACCCAUCCUGAUGGGAAGUGCAUUUGCUGGGAGUUUGCUACAGAUGACUAUGACAUUGGGUUUGGAGUCUAUUUUGACUGGACCACAGUUACUAGCACUGCCAUUACUGUUCAGGUCAGUGAAUCCAGUGAUGAGGAGGAUGAAGAGGAGGAUGAGGAAGUUGAAGGACUGUCCCCUGUAGGCGAUGUGGAGCGGGGUUCCAAAAGCUAUCUGCGGAACCGCUAUGGAGAGAUCAUGCCUGUGUACCGGAGGAACAGCCAUCGCGAGGUGCAGGCAGGCAGCCAUGAGUACCCGGGCGAGGGCAUCUACCUGCUGAAAUUCGAUAACUCGUACUCUCUGCUCCGCAAUAAGACUCUCUUCUUCCACGUCUACUACACUAGCUGAAGAACAGGGAAGGGGCAAGGAUGGCAGGCAGGUGAUGGUGAGCGUAGCAGGCUGCCACCCAGCCCUGGUACUGCCUGACGGGCACCGCUGUGCGACAGAACCACGGCGCAAUUCUGCCAGCUCUUCUUUGGACAUGAACUGGUUUCUCCUCACGCCCUUCUUCCCACUGCCCCGGGGAGAAAGAUAGUUGUGACUGCCUGGUUGUUCCCAGGCGGCUGCUCUUUCUCUAAAACUUCAGGAGGUGGUCUGCUCCAUGCAGGCAUCGGGUUGGGCCUUCACAUCACAGCUGGCAGUUGCUCAGAAGCCACAUUUAGGUGGUUGUGGUUCUGAUCUGUUGUGCUGGUACAAAAUGAAGUGAAAAUAAUCUGUUACUAUUUUGUGAAUAACUUUUCCAACUCUCCUGCUGCAUCUGCAUCACUAGAGGGCAGCUGUUAGCUUCAGUGAGCCAGAAGCACAGCUGGCUUGUCACUUCGCCAGGGUAACCCCAUCACCUACCAUCGCUACAGUCAGUGCUUCCUUCACUCACACGAGUGAAGGGUGGGAGUGCAGCUGGCCAGCAGCAGCCCAUGCUGCGGUGGCCUGGCAGUGCUACGACAGGUGGGCCCCAAAUAGCAGUCACAGCUCAUGUUUGAACAGGGGGUGGGAGCAGAGUGCACACCUCAUAGUCCAUAGGAAGGCUUUUCUACAGAUUAAGAAUUGGAUGUUACAUCUGUUGGUUAUAGGCAUAUGUAGAUGAUUAAAACCUCCCUAAUUACCAGAAGUUUUUUUCUGUAAUCCAGAUGUGAAGCAGAAGACAUUACUUAUUGCCAUGCUGAACGUACACAAAAUGGUUGGAAUACGACCAAUAAAUAUAUGGGAAGUGAUUCUUAGCAGUGGGAUGUUGGUUCACUGGUAUUCCAACCAUAUGUAGCAAGGAAAAGGCUCCCAGAGAAAUGCAGUUUGUCAGCUGCUAUUGCUGCUGCAAAGGUAUUGUUAGGAAGUUCUUUGGCACGUUUUGGUGACUAGUGAUGGUUAUUAGUUACCACCUUUUGCUUAAGUAGUGGCUGAGUUGAACAAGGAGAAGUUAAUCAUCAGAGAUGAAUUCUAAAACAUUUUUAUUUCUAACUGUCAUUUAUUUUAAUACUUUUAACUUGAAAUUGUCCUCUUUUCUAAGAAUACUGCUGUAUUUACAUUUUGAUACCUCUUUGCAGAGACACAAAAUGACUUUCCAUGGUGAUACUAGAAAAGUUCUAGAAGAGUUUUAUUUUUAAAUCAUCCAGGUAAAGCACCUCUACUUGGUCCAUUCCUUCUACUGAGAGGAAAUGAUGGACAGAAUUAUUUGGGGUAGUUAAAGCCAAAGAUUUUGCUCUCAUAGGAGGGCUGCAUAUUUCCUAUUAAGGGUAUAUUGUAAUGCUGUACAAGUUGCUCUAUAUUCAAGCUUAAUUUUUUUAACUAUCUCUGCUUACUGUUUCACUGCUCCAGAGCACUUAAGUAGGUCAAAAUGGCAAGAGAGGAAGCAGUCAGCCUACAAUAGAGCAGCCCAAGCUGGGAGCAGGAGAAGUGGAAAUUGGAAGAUCACUGCUUGCAGCACAGUGGCUUUCUGGGGAAGUGAGCAAGGAGCAGAGUUUUUGCUGCUUUUGGCUCUGAGAUGGGGAGAAAACAGCUACCUUCCUCAAAAGAGAGUAUGUUUACCAUGGUGGGGGCGAAAUGCAAAGCUGCCUUAUUCAAGGUCAAGCACAGGGAGACAGUAGGGCUUGGUAUCUGUCAGAGCAAGAUGCUCUUUCAGUUAGCAGCUUGGAGAGGGCUGUUUCUUCCUUUAACCUCUUGUGGAUGAAAUGAAGAACCAUCUACAGCACUUAAAUCAGGCCUUGAGCAAUUUAGGUAAGGUGUUUGGGUUUGUUUGUUUGUUUGUUUUUCAUCCUUUGUCUAUCAAGUUCUUAGAUAUUGCUGAUGGAGUGACACACUUCACUUCUAACAGAGAAAUAGCAGUAUGUUUGCUGAUAUAAAACAUCCUGCUAGCUGGCUUAGGCAGUUAUAGAAACUGUUCUUAUUUAAAUAGAGAUCUUUGGAAUUAGACCUUGGGUCAAGAAAGAAAAAUAAAGUUUAAAUGCAGUUGCACUUCAGAGAGGGAAAUUAAUCCUCAGGAAAGGAAAAUUUCUUCUUCAUUUCUGUGGAAGGAAGAUUUCAAAUAGGUUUUUAAUAUAUGUUUCCUUUCCCUCUAAAUAUUCUCUAGAAAUUCAGAAAGCUAAAUCAAUAAGCUUCUUUUGCAUUUUGGGUUUGAUUUUUGUGAAAGCACAAAAUUGUUUUCCAUUUUGUUUUGAAUAUAAUUUAUAUCUAAAUAAAAUUUACAUAUUCAGUCAGACAUAUAUCCUGCAGCAAAGGACUUGUAUAAAAUUGCCUUGUAUAACUGUUUAGUUUUAAUAAUGGUACUAAUCUUUUGGAAUUUUUUAUGUCAGAGGAGGUAAUAAGCUCUCCACUGUUCUCUGUUUUUUGCUUUAGGUGUAAUAUAGCAGCAGGAGUUUAAAAUGUAUGUGUUUUAUUGAGAACAGAGAGUUGAAAUUGCUUAAAUCAAGGACCACUAUUGGUACUGCUUACUUUUACUCAGACUCUUUGGAAGCCUGUAAUACAUGUUCUCAGGAAAGGUUACUGGUGUCAGACACAGGCUUGUAGCAACUUAUUGCUUGGGACCCAUUUAAUAUGCACAGACAGGUAAGAUGAAAAUGUGUUAAGAGGAAGAGCUUAGUUACGUGACUUCAGGUGCUAAGAAAGUCGAGUUACUGUGCACUGAGUCUGGAAGGCAUCUGCAUGCCUUUCCUUGUGGCUCUGCCCUGUCAGCUUGUCUCCUUGUACCUGUGUGUGCAUGUAACCUUCAUCUAUGGCCUGCAGGGGGUCAGUUAUUGUGGUGCUGGACCUGGUGAGGUGAAUUUGAGGUAAACCUUAUUACAGGUCUAGCUGCUGAAAGAUUUUGUUGUUGUGGGGAAUUUAGGGUAACCCUAAAUGAUUUCACUUUAUUCCCACUGCUUAUACUCUUCCUUCUUGUCUCAUGACCCCUAUUAAAGCCACACUACGGAGGAUUUAUCACAAGGUGCCUUAGGAAAAAAGAGCAUGUCUGAAAUAAGAACCACAGGUGUCAUUAAUACAAGAGAUUUCUUCUUAUUUCUCUGCCCAUUUGGGUAGGGGGUGGUACUUGGUAAGGUCAGGCAGGGAGAGACCCUCUAAGCUGUUCAUAGACUGCCUUGUUGCUGUAAAAUGAGUAGUACAAUGGUAUUUGAAUUUCCUGGUGCCAUACAUUCUUUGCCUUCAUAUGCUGCUGUCAGAUGUCUAGGAACAUCAGAAGACUACUCCUUUUGAUAUGCUGACACUAAACCCAAGGACCAGAGGAACACUUGAUAGACAUAGAAGUUUCUUGUGGCCAUUCAUAAUUUUGUCAUAAAGAGUGUUGAAGUCCAGAGUUGUGAGUGUUGUGUACUUAUGCAUAUUGAGUGUGGAUGAGAGACCAAAGCAACAAAGUUUUUUGGUUUUGUUUUUAUUUUUUAUUUGUACAAGUGUAAAAGAAAAGACUAUUUCUCCUUUUCUCAUAGAUGGGAAAAUAUUGGAUGUGACCAUGUCAUGUAGAUGAAUGAAAACUUCACAACUGGCAGAAUGAAAAACUGGGAACUGAUUGUGUUAAAUACACUGCUAAUUAGACUGUGAAAGAAGACAGGAGUUUAGCAGGAGCCAAAGUACUAAGGCAUUUAUCUAAAGAAGUUGAUUUGCAGUAAAUACCAAUUAAAUAAAGUUUUAGAACGUACAUAGAACAGCAGAGUUCAAAUGUAUAUUGCAAGGAGGAGAGUCUUCUGGGGGGAUAUUCCACAUUUGUCUGGAGAGAGUCUCUGGAUACUUAUUCUGAAACUGCGGUGCUGUUGCAGCUGAAGGUGCAUCAGGCCAGGUGAAUGGUGGAUCUGAGUUCCCUCAGCCUUUCUAGGUUCCCUUCUGGAUUUUACAUGUUGCUUUCUCAGAAUCAUCAUACAUUAAAUGUAGCCUUUAUUGGGAAGGGAGAGAGGAAGAAUUUUCUGAUCCAUCAGUGAGGAUUAUCUGUUUUAAACCCAUCUGGACUGGUGAGUCAAGUCCCUUGGGCAAGAAGAAGGAUGCCAGCCACAAAAUUUAGAGCUAAGGAGACCUUGCCAAGCAAUGACCUUGACAUUUAGGAGCCCUGUUAGGAAAUGAUAAAUAGCUGGAGAUGGCCUCCCUGCAACCUCCAAGAUGCCCUAGGGACAGCUCUUCUCAGAGGGAAGCAGGCUGCUUUCCACUCACAGCUCCAAGCUAUUAGCACAGGCAUUCAAUUGGGAGCACCUUGUAGCUGGUCAUGCCUUUUUCAGACCUAUGUUCUUGUGAACUGUGAUGGUUGUUAGUCCUUAUCUAUGUGAUGUGGAUAUUUUUGGUGUCCUGUGAUGUCAAAAUUGAGUUCUCAGCACCAGCUGUUUGCUUUUCAUGUGCUCACCAAGAGGUGAGUUAAAUAGAGAGGAGGAUAUUUUAACAAACUGUAGCACUGGACUCUUUCUGAAGGGCACAUAUGAAGGCUAUAUUUAUAGUGUGCUUGCAUUCCUUCUACAAUUGGUUUGUAUUGUUUAUAUUUGAUGUGUUGUGGUUGAUUUGUAAUAAUAUAUUGGAAUUUACUCCCUUUAAAUAAACUUUUCACUAUGCAA